AUGCCUUCGACCAUGAAAGCCUACCAAUUUACUCAUCCUUCCAAAGGACUGGAAUACAAGGAGGUUCCAGUCCCCGUCCCCGACAAAAACCAAGUCCUCGUCGAGAUCAAGGCGACCGGUCUCUGCCACACCGACUGCAACAUAGCAUCUGGACUGGACGAUACUUUCUUCUGGAAACGGCCUAUUAUCUUGGGUCACGAAAUUGCCGGUGUCGUUGUCGGGAUCGGUGCAGACGUGACCAAGUUCAACGUUGGAGACCCGGUCGUUUCCAUAAUCGGCAUUGAGCACCCCAUGACUUUCGGUGAUGUGACCACCACAGCCGGCAUUGGCUACGAUGGUGGAUUUGCACAAUACGCAGCAAUUUUCGAGUCAAAGACAUUGCGUAUCCCCGAGGGAGUCACAUUUGCUCAAGCGGCUGUGGCUACCGACGCUGUUGCCACAGCGUACCAUGCUGUCGUUGUCGAAGGACAGAUUUCUGCGUCCUCGAAAAUCGCUAUAAUCGGACUGGGAGGUCUGGGUCUAUCGGCUGCUCAGAUUGCGUCUCGUUUCGGGUCCAAAGUGUACGGAAUCGAACGCGACAACCGCAAGUAUGUGGCAGCUGCUCAGGCCGGAGUCUAUGCGAGUACGGUUCGAUGUAGUGAUAGAUUUGCAGGCGCAGGUUCUACGACGGCAGCUGCCGCCAAGGUGGUGGAACCUGGUGGCAAGGUCGUCCUUGUUGGUCUUGCGCAAAAAGAAGCUACGCUGAAUACGCAUGAGUUGGUCGCCCUCGGUGUCACAAUAAAAGGGUCGGCUGGUUCAUCCAUUGGCGAGGUUGAGAAAUCAUUGCAGAUGAUCGCGAACAAGGAGAUUGAGCCUCUUCUCGAAGAGAUACCCUUCAGCAAAAUUAAAGAAGGACUUGAUAGGCUCUCACAAGGCAAUGUCAUCGGGCGUCUAUAUGCUGACCCAACAAAAGCUUGA